AUGGUUUCCUUGAGCGAGAUUUCUGGAUCGUCUAUUAAGAACGAUACGCGCUGUCUUGCGGAGCGAUUGGAACAGGUCGCUGAACACCAUCCUGAUGCGGUGGCAUUGAUUUGCGCACACCAGGAUCCUCGUCGCUAUGAAUUCGGCGGCACUCGAGAGAACGAUGCCGACUCAGACGCAUCACCGGCUUACGCGCAGUGGACGUACGCAGAAUUGUACGAUGGGGUUCAACGACUUUCCUGCGGGCUCAAGAGCCUGGGGCUUGCGAGUGGAUGCUCGCUAUUCACCAUCCUGGGAAAUAGCGUGGAGCAUGUCAUGACCACAUGGGCAGGAUAUCGACUGGGCUGUCUUCAUAUAUCAAUGGACCCAAGAAGCCUGUCAAAUGCGUCUGAGGCUUGCCACAUGGUCAGAACAGUGAUAGGGUCCCAAAAGCCCUCAAAGAUGGCCGUCGUUGUGAAGGACCGGCAGAUGGCUGCCCGGUUUGAUGAGUUGUUCUCGGACAUGGACUUUAUAACGAUUCAGAUUGAAGGGGGAAAUGACGGCUGGAUUCCAUUUGAUAGUCUUAUGCGGCGGGAUGAGCCACGAUAUGAACCAACAUCUCUGUGUCGACAAACCCACGAGACAAGCAGAGAAACCUCCAUCUUCUUUUCAAGCGGCACCACUUCGCUCCCAAAAGCCUGCCUUGCGGAUGUAGCCUCUUGGGUGAGCGCUCUCGAGACCCGGAUCAGUGUCGCAUCGGCUUCGCCAGGUGACAGGGUGAUGGUGCUCGUGUCCAGUAGUCAUGCUUUUGGGUUGAUGGGCCUGUUAAUAACCCUGACCCGGGGUGCCACGCUCGUCUACUCCUCUGAUACAGGGUUUGACCCCAAGCUAACAAUGGAAAUACUGCACAGCGAACAAUGCAUGUACCUGGUCAUGGUCUCGGCGUUAGUGCAUGCGUUCGUCGCAGCUAAUUCGUCUGCCGGCAACGUUAUCAAGCCCUUAAAGGCAGUCGUCUUUUCUGGCAUGAGCUUGUCCACCGCAGUAGCCAAAGAUUUCAAGGCUGCAUUCCCUACGGAUCGGGUCGAGAACAUCUUUGGAAUGAUCGAGGGCGUUCAUGUAUCAACGGGGCCGGUGGAAGACAUUGAUUCUAUCUCCCGAGAUGGCCAUGUCGCUGCAGGAGUGCCAACGGCAGGCGCUAGAGUCCGCAUCUGUGCCCCCGGGACUCGGUCCCCCAUUCCUUUAGGGACGCCAGGAGAGGUGCACUAUAGCGGAUUUCAGACCUCCAAAGAAUACUUAGGGUUAGAGAGCAAAGACUUCUACACAGAUGAGAAUGGCACGUUAUGGUUCAAUACCAGCGACCAGGGAGUCAUUCAUAGCGGCCAACUAUACCCCGUCGGUAGGUAUAAGGAACUAAUUGUGCGAGCAGGGAAAAACCUCUCUCCUCCAGCCAUUGAAUCCACCUUGCAUCAGGUGCCGGAGCUGUCUGUCCUCAACCCGCAGGCGAUUCCCUUCCCUGAUCCAGUGGCGGGAGAGGUCCCAGCAAUUGUCGUGAACCAAAACAUCGGAAGUGACCAAAUUCGAGAAAUCACCAAUACGAUUCUGAGCAAAAUGGGACCAGCCUAUGUCCCAACCAAGAUCCUAUCAGUGCAGGCGCUAGGCCAGGAGGACUAUCCUCGUACCAUCUCCGGAAAGGUGCAGAAAACGAAACUGGCAGCUCUCGCACUUCAGUAUGAAGAGUCGUUGAGUCGGUGCAUUGCCACGGCCAACCCACCCAGUCUAAGUGAUAGGGUGGUGCAGAUCUGGGCAGAUGCCUUUGGAGUCACUACUACUGAUCUCGAUGUGCAUGCCGAUAUUUCGGAACGCAGUGACAGCAUUACUUCCAUGAGGGUUCACUCUCGAAUCCGACGAGAGACCGGCACGGAAGUGACGUUCGCUGCCUGGGCUACUGCACGCACCAUCGAUAGCCAGAUCAAACUACUUGAAAAUGCUCCAGUAAAGGUCGACGGAGUCAAGGGAGCACUCACGCCCACCAUAUCUCGGCAAGGGGGCCCAACUGCUGAAGAUAUGGUCCAUCUCCUAGCGGAUCCCCGCCAAUUCCAAGCAACUCGACAAAUGGUCGAGGAGGCAAUUGCGCCCCUCGAGCUCUCUUGGGAUGAGGACGUGGAGGAUGUGUUUCCCACAACGGACUUUAUGGAUAUCAUGUGUCAAAACAAUCUGAUAGAAAGCUGGGAGUUCUUUGUUGAAGUAUUAACGGUAAAUGCCGACAGCCAACACCUGCGUUUAUCGCUUGAGAAAGCGCUCUGCGUCCAUCCACUGCUGCGGUCUUUCAUCGUUCUCGAUGAACAAGUUGUUGAUCGGGCCCUCCAUGUCACCAUUAAGCCAUCCAAGAAAAUUCUGGAUCAGUGCAUUGUGGAUUAUGGAGUUGUCGAUGGUCUGGAUGAUGUGCGGAAACUGACAUUUGACUUUCCUCAAAUGCACCGCCCAAGGUUUCCCGGUCCUCUCUUCCGGGGCCUUAUCGUCUUUGUCAAGGAGACCAAUAGUGCGGCCCUGAUCUCCGGCUACUCCCAUGCCGUUAUGGACGCGACUUAUCAUGAAAUCUUUGCAGACGACCUUGAUGGUGCUCUCAGCGGACAUUUACCGCAGCCCCAUACCCCCUUCAAGGCCUGGAGCGAUGCAUAUUACAUUUUCGGGAGCUCUCCAGCGGCCCAGCCGGCCCUGGAUUAUCAUGCCGGCGAGAUGGAGGUACUCUGUGGGCCCAACAAGCAGCCUGCUGUCUGGCCAGCCCCUGCACCCGCUGUCAAAGCUUCCCCGGACCGAGUGGACGAAGGUCUUCCUGUGCUAGAAAUACCUCUUCCGGGAAUCUUGACUCUGCGACGCCAGUACCAAGACCUUACCUUACCAAUCGUUCCCAAGGUAGCGUUGGCCUUGUUGACACUUCACCACACCAAGGACACUUCGGCCCUUAUGCUAAAUAUGGAGAUGGCUCGCUAUGGGUUCCCUUUCCUCCCCUCGUCUGUGGCUGGCCUGGGGUCUUUCCGCGCAGCAGAUGUCGUUGGUCCCACGAUUGCGGGACUCCUUAAUGCAAUCAGUUAUGGCCACGAUGAAUCAGUUAUCCAGAUGUUGCUUCGUGUUCAAGAGCAGCAAGUCAAGCUCACACGGCAUGCCAAUGCGCCAUGGCACAGGAUUAUGCAGCAGAACCCUGACAUAAGGGAUCUGUUCCCGAAGGUGGCGGAUUCUCUGGUCUUCAACUGGACGGGCGCAAAUGGCUUUGCAGAAGACACCCUCGGAAGACUUCAUGAGAACAUGAGAAUCAAGUACUUGUUCUAUCGGCCCAAAACCGGGCUGGUGAUGGAUGUUGGUAUUGGAGGCAAGGACGGCACAGCCAUGGUGGUCAGUCCCACAGGGGCCAUUUGGAAUGAAUCUCCAGAAUCAAUCCACAGACUCGUGGCUGGGUUUGGCCGAAUCGCUACGUGGUUGGUAGACGAGAAGAACUGGAACCGCCCGGUGAGAGACUUCUCCGAAUGCUUGGUGGACUGGUAG